ACACGCACACAAGAAGACGGUCUUCUUUAAAUAAUUGGGUACUAGUAGGCAGACGAAUGUCUUUCGGACAAAGAACAAGACAUACUUCUCUUCUCUUCUUCCAAAGGUUUCAACUUAAUUCAUCUUAUCCACCACCGCCAUGAGCCACAAGAAUCACCACUCCCAGCGGCCAAGCUAUGCUACCGACCCAAACACCAUGUUUGUUCAAGCAGACCCCUCCAAUUUUCGAAACAUCGUCCAAGAACUCACGGGAGCACCACUGGAACUCUCCCCCGUCUCCACCGCACAGCAUAAGCUUCCUUUAACUCCAAAGAAACAAGCAUUCAAGCUCCACGAACGCCGUCAGUCAUCCAAGAGGAUGGAGCUGAAGAUCAACAAUGAUUCUUUGGGCCAGUUCAACCGCGGGUUCCUCGUCUCACCGGUCUCUCACCUCGACCCAUUCUGGACGCGCGUGAGCCCACAGUCAGCACGUGAGAAUCACCACGCCAUGCCGGAAAAGGAAGAGCAAAAAGCCAUAGCCGGGAAAGGGUUUCACUUCCUUCCGAGUCCGAGAAGCGGGGACGAGCCAGCACCGGAGCUUUUGCCUUUGUUUCCUCAACGGAAUGGAAAUGAUUAUUGCCACUCAUCUUAUUAAUUUGAGAGUUCUUAUUAAUUGUAAGUUAGUGGCACUUGAUAUCGCUGUUGCUUUUUUUUACUGUUUUUGUUAGGGGUAGCUAGUAUCCGUUUUUUGUUUCUUAAUUAACCUUUUGGACCUUAUUAAUUCUAUCAUCCUUCAUUAACCUUCUUGAAGGGUCAACUAUUCCGGCGUGUGUAGUCCACUUCCUUUAGAAUAUAAAUUAUUUAAAGUAUUUGUAGUUUUUCUUA